CUUCUUUACAUAAGUACUGUGUUUGACAUGGCCUCAUGCUGGCAGCGCGCUGCUUAUUGUUAUGUAACAAGGUUCUUGCUUGAAUUGUCUUUCGGCUUAUAUCAACUGACCUCUCAAUUUCACUCCCUUCGUGUCCGUCUUUCAAGACAAGUACUGUGUACUUGGUUUUUCUUGUUUCGUUUUUGUGAAUCUUAUUGUCACAUUGGUUACCGCGUGCUCCUAAACCGCUCACUUUAAGACUCCUUGUCUUCUCUAGUAAUCUCCUGCUGCGCAAUGUCUUCUACCGCGAUCUCGACGAUCAUGUAUCCAUGUCCCCCACCUACUACAAAUGUUCUUGACUCACAACAGCGCAUGCGUCUCAUACGUUCUGCCCGUAAAUUGGAGGCAGUUAUGGGUACCACACCCUACCUCCUCGAGGCAGACGUUCCUAUCGCACUCCUCCCCAUCGGUGUUAACAAAAAAACAGUAACGGGAAAAGCACUGAAGCGCCAGGGUUCCAUAUUCACCCAUCACCACAAGGGCUCUCCCUCUGUGACAUCAUUUAGCUCAGCCUCAACGGCAUCCUUCCACUCCCCAUCCGCCUCGCUCGUCUCGCUACCUUUGAGCAUGCGGAGCACAGACUCCCUCUCGGU